GUAUACUUGUGACUAUGGAGGUCGAUCAUAUUCAGAGGACUUAUUUGGAAAAGCAAGUGUCAAAGAGGUCGAUCAUAUUCAGAGGAUCCUAAUGAACUAUGGAGGAAUUACAGGGCAAGAGAUUAAUGCUGAUAAGUCCUCGAUCUUUUUCAGCAAGAACACGCCGGAUGCGCUCAAAGGUAUUAUCACAAAUAAACUGGGGUUCUCGCCUUCUAUUUGUCACGACAAGUACCUGGGAGUUCCCUCGGUUUGGGGGCGGUCUAAGAAGGAAACCUUUCUUUUCCUACUUGAAAGGAUGGAAAAGAAGGGUGAAUUUUGGAAGAGUUUACUCUUAUCUCCGGGAGGAAAGGAGGUUCUUUUGAAGGCAGUGAUUCAGGCUAUUCCGACUUAUCUUAUGAGUAUUUUCCUUCUGCCCCUUUCCCUGACUAACAAGAUGGAUUCGCUGCUGAAGAGGUUCUUCUGGGCGGGUUCUAUGAAGAAGAAAUCUAUCCAUUGGUGCGAUGCAAGAACUCUAGAGAAACCAAAAGAGGAAGGGGGUCUAGGAUUUAAAAAUUUCCAUCUCUUCAAUGUUGCCUUGAUAGGCAAGCAAGUCUGGAGGAUUUUGGAGAAUCCGGAUGCUCUUUGGGUUCGGCUUCUCAAAGGGCUUUAUUUUGGUGAUGGGGAUUUCUUCUCGGCCUCUAAAGGAAGGAAUGGGUCAUGGAUUUGGAGAGGACUCUGCGACACAAAAGAAAAACUCAAGAUGGGUUUGGUUAAAAGUAUCAUGUCAGGUAAUGAUACCCUGUUUAAUUCUGACCCUUGGCUUCUUUCUGCCCCUUCGUUUUCCUUGUCUUCUCUAGGUCUGAACCAGUCCAAGGUGAGCGAUUGGAUACAUCAACAUGAUAGAAAGUGGAAGAAGGAGAGCCUGUAUGAGGUGGUUCCUGAAGGAGUGGUUGAUGAUAUCCUGCGCAUCCCGAUUGGUCCUCAGGAGGCAGCAGACAAGUGGAUAUGGAAGUUUUCUAAUACUGGAGCUUACUCGGUGAAAUCCGCGUACAGAGCUCUCAGAGAUAAUAGGGACCUUCACUGGCAGUCAACGUCAUCAACAGACAUACGACCUAAUAGCGAAGACUGGAAGUGGCUUUGGUCCUUGUCUCUCCCUCCGAAGUUGCGUUUCUUCAUAUGGAAGAUUGCAAAGGGUGCUAUUGCCACUAAAGCUAGGCUUUUUGAUCGAAAGUGUGCUCCAAGCCCUUGUUGCUCCAUCUGCAAUCAUCAUGUUGAGUCCAUCCAUCAUUGGUUCUUCAAGUGCCCUCAUGCUGCCUCUACGUGGGAACAGUUGGGUCCUUCUUCGUUCCUCCUGCAGGAGGACUGUUCGUUCUCGGAUUGGUUCUUCAGGCUUAAGGACAGUUUUUCGGUGGAUUUCAUCAAGAGAAGCGUGUGCAUCUUGUGGAACAUAUGGAUUGCUAGGAAUGGCUUUUUAUUCGAGAACAAGGUCAUUUCCCCGACCUCUUCACCGGUGUUAGCCGAUCGUGAUUUCCAGGCCAUUGAGGAAGCAAGAAAUUUCAUUUCUCGCCCUACUUCUUUGAGAUCAGCUACAUUGCAAUCUCAGCCAAGGGGAUCCCGCUCUCAUCCUUCACCACCGCCUGGUUCUUUUCAGAGGAUUGUGCACUGUGAUGGUUCUUUUUGUGCAGAAUCACGGGAGGCGGCUUAUGGGAUUACUAUUGCUAAUGCCCAUGGUCAAGUGUUGGACGGCAAGGCUGAGAAAGUCUUUUGUUCCUAUCCUAUUCAAGCGGAAGCUUAUGCAAUUCUUAAUGCUGUCUUGUGUGCAUCUCGGGAUGUUUGCCAGACGUGUAUCAGGUCUGAUUGUCAGAUUCUGAUCCUCGCCUUAAGGCGUACUCCUGAUCGAUGGCCUUGGCAAUGUCGACCAAUCUUGGCACGUAUCACUUCUCUCCUCCAAUUGGCUCCCUGGAUCAAGGUGAUGUUUAUCCCCAGGCGUCUCAAUGGUCUUGCGGAUUGGGUGGCGAGGAAUGAGCGUUUGGGAGCUCUUCCUGCGGAUUGGUUGACUGUUGCUGUUCUUGUUUCUCCUUUGCUGUAAGAAUGUACUUGGUUUCCGUUGAUGGGUUAAGGAAUAAAAGCAGUUCUAUUCG